AUGUGUAGAGCGUUAGUUGAUUCUGGGGCUGGCAGCUCGUAUGCAUCUGCAAAGUUGGUAAGUGUCCUUGGCAUAAAACCUGUUGACAUAACAACCAAACAAGUGGACAUGCUCCUGAGCAGUAGUGUAGAACGUCUGGAGACCUAUGCAACUAAAGUGGAGUCCCUCGAUGGAGAGUUCGGUAUGGAGGUAGAUUUAAUAAAAGUGGAAAAAAGUGAACUUUUAUCAGUAAAAAACCCCCAAUACAGCCAUAUGAUUUCCAAAUACUCACACUUAAAAGGGGUUGAUAUCCAAGACGGUGACACGAAGGCUCAGCUUCCAGUACAUGUCGUUCUUGGGGGAGGGGAGUAUGCCAGAAUAAAAACAAAGAAUCGUCCCCGAAUAGGUAAAGAUGGCGAACCUAUCGCGGAGUUGACCAAGCUGGGAUGGUUCGUGAUGUCCCCUGGAAAAGAAUUUGAUCACAAUCAUAUGUUACUAACACAAACCACUCAAAAAGAUUAUGAGAAGUUGUGCCGGUUGGAUGUUUUAGGACUUGCCGACACCUCAGAACAUGAUCAAACCUCAGUGUAUGGAGAGUUUAAGGAACAAUUGGUCAGGAGUUCAGAAGGUUGGUACGAGUCUGGUCUACUGUGGCGAGGUAACCAUCCUCCCUUACCAUCCUACAAAGAAGGAAGUUUGCGACGCCUCAACAGUCUUGUAAAGAGAUUAGACAGGGAAGGAAUGGCCAGUGAGUAUAACAGGAUUAUUGAGGAACAAGUCAGCAAAGGGGUAGUUGAGCUUGUAACCGAGGCCCCAGUGGGUAUUGAGUUCUACUUACCGCAUAAACCCGUGAUACGUGAAGCUGCACAAACAACGAAAAUCCGUGUAGUUUACGAUGCAUCCGCUCGAGCGACUCCAAGUGCUCCAUCCUUGAAUGAUUGCCUCUACCCAGGCCCGCCGUUACAGAAUAAGCUUUGGAGCGUAUUGGUUCAUCAUCGCUCAUUUCCAGUUGCACUUUGUGGAGAUAUAGAAAAGGCAUUUCUCCAGAUCCGAAUAAAAGAACAAGAAAGAGAUGCCUUACGGUUUCACUGGAAGAGUGACAGUCAACCUGAACCCUUGACAUCUAGAUUCACAAAAGUCGUCUUCGGCCUAACUUGCUCCCCAUUUCUGCUUGGGGGAGUGCUAGAGCAUCACCUAGAAACUUGGAAAACGAAGAUGCCAGAUAUCGUUGAGGAACUGAAGAAAUCUAUGUAUGUAGACGAUCUGCUUAGUGGGGGACAAACAGUAGACGAAGCCAAGGAAAGGAAAAGGAAAUCAAUCGAUGUAUUCAACGACGCCAAUUUCAAUUUGCAUAAGUGGAACUCAAAUGCCCAUGAGCUUGAAGCAGAUGAAGAAGAAAAGGAUGAUGAAGAAGAAACUUUAGCAAAACAACAACUUGGAACAAAAUCUGGAGAAUCUAAAGUGCUGGGACUGUUAUGGAAAAAGAAAAGUGACGAGAUUUCCAUAGUGAUCCCAUCAGAGAAAUCGGCAAAAACGAAACGAGAAGUACUGAGUAGAUUGGCUCAGGUUUAUGACCCUUUGGGAAUUACAUCACCCUUAAUUCUAGAGGGAAAGAUAAUUUAUCGUGAUAUCUGUAAGGAGAAGCUCUUGUGGGAUGUACAGCUAAGCCAUUCUUUGAAGUAUCGAUGGGACUGCUGGGAGAACAAUCUUCCGUGUGAAGUAAGUGUUCCGCGAUCAUUAGCUGGGUUCCGAGAACCAAUCAAGUCUUUAGAGCUGCAUGCAUUCGGGGAUGCUAGCACACAAGGUGUAGGAGCUGCAGUGUACUCAGUUAUUCAUCAAGAAUCGGGAACUACUCAAAUUCUAGUUGCUGGUAAAAGUCGUCUGGCAAAAGAGGACCUAACUGUUCCACGGCUAGAACUUGUGUCAGCCCACAUGGCAGCGAACCUUCUUGUGAAUGUGCGAAACGCUUUGGAUCAUUUGUCACGGCCGCAAAGUUUUGCAUGGCUAGACAGCACUGUCGCCUUGCAUUGGAUACUUGGACGGGGCCAGUAUAAGCAGUUUGUCUCAAACCGUGUCCGUAAGAUACACCAACAUCCUGAAAUAAAAUGGCGAUAUGUGCCCACAUCCGAAAAUCCUGCAGAUUUGGCCAGCAGAGGUGGGAAAUUAAAUCAGACGUGGCUCUACGGUCCAGAAUGGUUAUCUGAUAUGAGCAGAUGGCCAACUAAUAUAACCACAACUCCAUCUACUGCAACAGAAGCAGAAGAGACAGUUUCUCAAAAAACUAUCGCAAUGACAACAAAACAGUAUAGUGGUGAUGUUCUGGAACAGUUAUUAAGAAAAUGCUCACUUAAACGAGCUCUAAGAGUAUCGUCAUGGCUCUUCAGGUUCAUUAUUCUUACUGAGAUUGAAGAGACUAACAUGAAAUUUGUCAAACAAGCCCAAAAGCAAGGUCAAUUACAUUCUAAGUACGAGCUCCAAUACAAAGAAUUUAGUCUUACGCACAAUACAGAAGGGAUUUUAGAAUGUCGUGGCCGAAUUGUGGGUCACUAUCCUAUCUACCUUCCCACAGAUUCCUUGCUAGCUCAAAGAGUAGUGGAAAAGUUGCAUCGUGAAACGUUACAUGGAGGUGUUGGAUUGACAAUGGCUGCUGUAAGAGAGACGUAUUGGAUACCGAAGUUAAGAAGCCUUGUAAAGAAAGUUAGAAAGGAGUGUUUUGGUUGUAAAAGAUAUCGAGCGACAUCAGUUCCCACACCCCCUCCUGGAAAGUUACCCGGACUUGUGGCGAAACAGCGUUCGAGUGUACUUGGACAUGAUGCCGGACCUAUCUGCUUCCACGUUCAUACCAAGUUUGAAACGGUUCAUUGCUCGGAGGGGAAGACCCAGGAAGAUCUAUUCAGACAAUGGGGCACCUUCAUAAAAACUGCGAAGUGGAUUGAUACUUUACGAAAGGAGGAACGUCUUCAAGGUUAUUUGGAGGAAUUCGACAUUAAAUGGCAGUUUAACUUGUCCCGAGCACCAUGGUGGGGAGGACAGUUCGAGCGGUUGAUAGGAAUUGUCAAACAAGCGAUGUAUAAGACAAUUGGAGGCGCAAAUCUGAAGUGGGAAGAACUGUGUGAAGUGAUACUUGACGUUGAAGUGCAAAUCAAUAGAAGACCGCUCAGUUAUGUUGAAGACGAUGUUCAACUGCCGGUGUUGACACCCGAGCUCUUUUUAUUCCAGAGAUCCAAUCAUCUGCCAGAACAGAAAUUAUGGGUCGAAAGUGAUCCGGACUUACGUAAGAGGGCAAGAUACUUGAAAUCUUGCAAACAAGCCUUGUGGAAAAGAUGGUCGAAAGAAUACCUCACUGCACUGCGAGAACGACAUAACAUGAGUCAUGGGACUAAAAAGACAUAUCCAGGAAGAGAUGGAGUGAUACGUGGGGUAAUGUUGAAAACGCCAAAUGGAAACCUAGAACGACCAGUUCAAUUGCUUUACCCAAUGGAAUUAGCUUGUGAUCGACAGAGCCAUGAAGAGAGACCUGAUCUUAAUCCAGACGCUCAACCAUUCAAGCCAAAGCGUAAGGCAGCUGAAAAUGCAGCGGGGAUCAUCAAAUCGAUUGCUGACGAAGAAAACGAAGAGAUUUGA